UGCAGAUAAGGAAGAGAAACAAGGAAACUGACAUGCCGAGGUAGAAAAACAUGAGACGGGGCUUAGAAGCAAACACAUAAGACAUAGUCCUGUACAGUCCCAUACGUUUUGGAUUGAGCAGUGGAGAGGUUGACAUCCUAGGAUCACCAUGAGUACAGGAGAGGAAGAAGUAGAUGUUGCGUCUCCUCUUAACACUACAGGUGCAAAUGAGGGAGCAAGAAAUGCAGCACAGCCAACUGUAUCAUCACAACCAGUUGCCUCUACCACUAGGACUGCCAACACUCAACCGUCAGGACCUAAUACUGCCCCACCAGGACCAACUCCUGCCCCUGCUGUUGCAGUUCGCGUUCCACCUGGAGCUACCCGUGCUGCCCCAACACCAACUGGUGCUUCAGCUCCUGCUCCCACACCACGAGGACCUGCCCGACCUCCUGAUUCUAGGCCUGUAGGACCCACUAGAAUGCCAGGCCCUGUUCGUGGUACCCCGAGACCUACUCCAAGACCUGGACCUUUGGUCUACAAAAUCAGAAGAGUUUCAGCACUUAGAAGAUACUGUGUCCCAAUCACAACGGCGAUACUUGUAUUAACUUCGCUUGCAGUCAUUGGUAUACUGAUUAAGGUGGUCCUAGAUAAUUACUACUUCUUCUGUACCAAGUCCUUUAAGUUCAUUCCACUGGACAAAUGGUGCGAUGGAACUUCAGACUGUAGCAACAAUGAAGAUGAACUCCGCUGCGUACAGAGAGUAGAUUACAGCAACAGCUCAUUUGUCCGGCUUACAGAUGCAGACUCCGUCGUACAGAUCUUCUCCUUUGGAAGGUGGAGCUCCAUUUGUUAUGAAGGUUUUGAUGCUGCGAGAGCUAAGGCUGUAUGUGCCCAGCUCGGAUAUUCAAGUAACCCUACCUUUGGCUUUGUAAGUGACAAUGGUAUAAAUGGGCCUUUCGGUACUGUUCGGGUCGUUAACAGUGGGGUUGAGGUGGAUCCUCUUUCUGGGACAUGUCCAUCUGGCAACGUUUUAACCCUCAGCUGUAUAGUCUGUGGAGCUAAUCAUGAAAAGCAGCGAAUUAUUGGAGGACAAGACACCACCAUCGAGCAUUCACCGUGGCAGGUCAGCUUGCAGUACUCGGGGCAACAUUCGUGUGGCGGAAGUAUUCUUACCCCCCGUAUAAUCUUAAGUGCGGCACAUUGUUUUCAAAAGAAAGAGCAGCAGGUGGAUAAAUGGCGCGUUCAGUCCGGCGUUUCCGUUCUUAGCUACCUAUUUGCGCCAGAAGUGUCUGAGAUCUUCAUUCACAGCCUCUACAGCUUAGAUCGCAAGUUAUAUGACAUUGCCAUUCUUAAACUGAAGAAGGACUUGAAAUUCUCAGCAUCCAUACAACCAAUCUGUCUUCCGGGAUAUGAUAUCAACUUGCCAGAUAAUGCACCAUUUCAAGUGACUGGCUGGGGUUACACUGUAGAAGGAGGUGGAUCCUUGUCUUCCACACUUCAGAAAGUCAACCUCAACUUGGUAUCAAGCAAUAUAUGCAACAUACAGUAUUUUGGUCAAAUCCAAAUCGAUAUGCUGUGCGCUGGUGAAAUUGAGGGUGGGCGUGACACUUGCCAGGGUGACAGUGGGGGCCCCUUGGUGUAUUUGGGUGAGAGUUCGUCCUGGGAACAAGUUGGUAUUGUAAGCUGGGGAGAUGGCUGUGGACGGCCUAACAAAGCUGGAGUGUACACAAGAGUUCAGUCAUUUUUACCAUGGAUACACGGACUCAUGAAGCGCCUGUAGCUGAUCCACUGAACCUGUCCUAUUUAUUACUUCUACCUCCUUCGGGCCAAGUGAAGCUCAUGGGUCGAGCACAUGAUAUGACUACUGUGUUAGUCUCGUUGAGACAAUCUUUCCUCUUCCCAGCACAGCCCCACACUCUCUGCAGGUCUGGAACAAGUUGUCUCUUCAGUAACAAAAGAAAGGAAAAGACUAUGAAAAACGCUUAACUGCAUCAUCAUCAUCAUCAUCAUCAUCUCUUGUAGACCUCCAACUCUCACUUUGCCAAGAUGGUGCUACUCUAGCCAAACCCUGCAUAGAAUCGUCACUUCUACUCUGGCAUCUGAAAUAUAUGCUGCACACCGUGGAGGUCGCCAUGUUAUAUGCUGUAGUGUAACCCCACAGUAUGGCUACCAGGACAAUGCAGCACUACGGGGACACGUUUACAUUGGUCCAUCCAUUCCCCAUGUCAACCUAUUUUUGGAUAUGUGCUAUGACUCUCCCUGUAGGCCCAUGUGCGAAAUUCAUGUGAGCUCAUUAGAACUCGAUAUUUUAACCCAUAUUACCUCACAGUGGGGUCACCGGAGAUUUAUUACUUAGAGCAGUGGUCUAGCACCGUACAUACUAGAAAUGGAUUGUAUUUUGCAGGUGUUUUUUUACCUUGUCGACUAAGGGAGAAACUAGGUCACAAUCACACAUGUAAUAUUUCAGGCUGCUGCAUGAUUGUGAAGCCACCUUGUUUCUUCUCCUUGCAUUGAUUAUGUACAUAAUGUAUUUAGGAACCAGGUGAACUGUAUAUAUAAUGUUUUUAGAGCUACUUAAAUGUUGUAAUUAACUUUUCUGUGUUUGUGUAAUAAAAAGUAUGACCGAGCCUACAAGUCAGAACUUUUUUUUGGGACAGAACAGAAAGUUUUGCUUUAAUAAACUGGAGAUUGAGGGAAAAUAUUAUGCAGAUUUUAAUGCUAGAAUUUAAAUUGUUAUAUGUUUUGUGUACUGUAGUUCAACACAACUUUUUAUAGUUUCUCUUGGAUUACAUGGAAUACUGUGUAAAAUUUUGGGCACACUGAACUAAAGCUGGUAUAGAGGGUAAUUAAAGGGGUUAUUUCAAUUCAGCAAAUGGCAUUUAUCAUGUAGAGGAAGUUAAUACAAGGCACUUACUAAUGUAUUGUAAUUAUCCGUAUUGCUUCCU